AUGGCCUACACUUACACCCACUCCACCUUGCGUCUCAACGCUCCGCGAACCCCAUCGGUAUCCCGUUCAAACACUAACUCACAUCCAUCUUCCACUCGAUUCUCCUUUAAACCCCUCAGAUUCAAAGGGCUCAGCGCCAAAUCCAGCAAGAGAUUUAUUUGCGAGGCUGUGAAAUCUUCAAUGGCGGUUCAAGUUGAGGUAUUCGAGAAAGAGGCACUGGCUGUUUCUCUGGCUAAAUACGUCGCUGAUCUCUCCAAUAAGUUUACUCGACAAAGAGGGGCUUUCACUGUUUGCUUGUCUGGUGGCUCUUUGAUCAAUUAUCUUCAGAAAUUGUUGGAGGCUCCGUAUGUUGAUUCUAUUGAAUGGGCUAAAUGGCAUGUGUUUUGGGUGGAUGAGAGAGUUGUACCCAAGGAUCAUGAAGAUAGUAACUAUAAGCUUGCUUUUGAUGGUUUUCUCUCCAAGGUGCCCAUUCCAGCAGGCAAUGUUUAUGCGAUCAAUGAUGCCCUUUCAGCUGAAGGAGCAGCUGAUGAUUACGAGACAUGUGUCAAACACUUGGUCAAUAGCAAUGUGAUAACAUCAUCAACCAGUGGAUUUCCAAAAUUUGAUCUCAUGUUGCUUGGCAUGGGCCCUGAUGGGCACGUUGCUUCUUUGUUCCCAGGGCACCCUCUUGUGCAGGAGAAUAAGAAAUGGGUUACCUCCAUUACCGACUCCCCAAAACCACCACCAGAGAGAAUAACAUUUACCUUUCCCGUGAUCAACGCCUCUGCGUACAUCGCACUUGUGGUGACUGGUACUGGGAAAGCAGAUGCGGUUCGCUCUGUGCUGAGUGGAUCUGAAACAGCUGAUAAGCUUCCUGCUGCAUUGGUUUCACCUGAAGGGGAGUUGAAAUGGUUCUUAGACAAAGGUGCAGCAUCAAAGCUGUAG